UAGACGGGCUCAAAAUGUCAUUUACCAGCGAAUUAACGUAUAGUUUUAAAGGGCAAUCCGUUCAAACUAGAGGUAGGAUUACUUGAAACAGCUUCACCAGAGUGGGGGCCUGGUCUUUGGUGACAGGGAUAUUGAGAAGCAGUGUUGGCUUGGUGGCAGGACUACUGGAGAAGACACCGCUGAAUGGUGGAGUGUUAAUGAGAAGUUUAGUCUUCCCAGUAUAGCAUCUUUCCCCAACAGAGACACCAAUCACCAAAGUGCAUAUGAGCAUCCUCUUGUUUUGCUAUUUAUCAUUCCUCGUGCUUGGGGCAAUUAUAUUUCAAGUUUUGGAGGAAGACUUUGAGGUGGAUCGGCGACAGUUGGCAGUUAAACUGAAAAGUGAUUUUCUGAAACAUCGUGCUAAUAAAACUAAACAAGAUGUCGAAAUGUUUGUGCAGAUGAUGGCUUAUUUUGUAGUAUUAGGAAUACCUCCCACAGGAAAUAAAACUGCUGCUGUGUCUUGGACUUUUUUCAACUCAUUUAUAACUUCCAUAAUUAUCGUAUCUACAAUAGGUUAUGGAACAGUUUUUCCUAGGACUCCUAAUGGACAACUGUUCUGUGUUGUCUUUGCUGCAAUUGGAAUUCCUCUAACUAUCAUAGUCUUUAAUUAUAUUAGUAGAUUAGUUUUUCUGCCAUUUGAAAAACUUGGAAACUACCUUGAACAUAAGGGUGUAAAUGAGAGCAAUGUUACUGUUUGGAAGAUAGUAUUUUUCAUUAUAACUGGAACACUUUUGUUUCUGGCAUUACCACCAUUUGUUUUUAUGUCAUUAGAGAAUUGGACUUAUGUCGAAGGAGUUUAUUAUUCAUUCACCACCAUAAGUGCUAUUGGUUUAGGAGACUAUGCAAUAGUUUCAAAUCCUACGAAAGAUGAUCAGAGCAUCACCUACUCAAUCUUAUUAUUAAUUUGGAGUACCCAAGGUCUGGUCUGGAUUGCUCUUGUAUUUAAUUUGAUAACCAAGUUCUUUUAUGAAAUGGAAUUAAAGCUAACUGAGGACUCAUCUGAAGUAGAACUUGAAAGAGAAGAAAAGGAGACAGAUGCUGAAAAUCAAUUUAUUUAGUAGAUUUCCUCCAUGCAGACUGCAGAGGUUUCCACAGAGCCCUUUCAACUGGGGUCAGACCAGGAAGGAGGACCAGAAAAACAACCUCCGUAAACCUCUCAUGUGAGUUGCCUUUCCACAUUAAAAUUUAACUGUGAUUGUCAUUAAGAAAAAUAGUUUUGAAAUAUGAUGCAUAUCUCCACCUUUACUUGUCCACUUUCCCCACAUCAGGCUUACUCCUUGGUGGAUCCGCACUGGCAUUUGUGUAAAUAGAAGCUUAUUCUGAAAACUGUGUUUCCAUGUUUUUCUACCAUGUAUUUCAAUAAAGAU